CGGCGAUCCUUCUUCACACUGCUCGCUGUCGUUGUGAAGCAACUGCCGCGAACAUGAGCCUCGCCGAGGCGCCGUCGUCGUCCCCGUCGUCGUCGAGCGGGAGCGACGACUUCGCGGCCCUCCUCGCCUCCGAGCUCGAGCUCGAGCUCGCCUCCGGCGCUGACUCCGCCUUCCCUGGCGACGCCUCCUCCGCUUUCCCCGCCACCGACGGCGAGGGCGAGGAUGAGGAUGAGGAUCCGGAGGAGCUAGAGGUUGAAGCCGUAGAACAAAACGCUACCAAAAGGCGUAGAGUGGAGGAACAACACCGAGAUCAAGGAACAUCAGUUAGGCCUGACAAAAUUCCCACUGGUGCAUCUAAAAAUAUUCAGGUCGAGGCAUGUCCACAUCCUGGAUAUAUACGUGGACUUUGCUAUAUAUGUGGCAAUCCACAAGAUGAGGAAUAUAUUUCAGGAGUUGCUUUAGAUUACAUCGACAAGGGCUUGAGGCUACGUACCUCAGAAAUUGACAGACUUCGUUGUGCUGAUUUGAAGAAUCUGUUGCGUGAAAGAAAAUUAGUACUCAUUUUGGACUUGGAUCACACACUGAUCAACUCGACCAAACUCCAAAAUAUUUCUUCUGCUGAAAAAGAUUUGGGUAUUCAGACUGCUGCUUCAAAAGAUGAUCCAAACAGAAGCAUCUUUGCACUAGAAUCAAUGCAGUUGCUCACAAAGUUGAGACCAUUUGUCCGAGAAUUUCUGAAAGAAGCAAGCAAUAUGUUUGAGAUGUAUAUAUACACCAUGGGUGACAAAGCUUAUGCAAUUGAAAUUGCAAAGCUUCUUGACCCUAGCAACAUCUAUUUUCCUUUAAAAGUGAUUUCAAACUCAGAUUGCACUAAGCGACACCAGAAAGGUCUUGAUGUGAUUCUUGGAGCUGCAAGUGUUGCAGUGAUUCUUGAUGACACUGAGUUUGUAUGGAAGAAGCAUAAAGAGAACCUGAUUCUGAUGGAGAGAUAUCAUUUCUUUGCUUCAAGCUGCCGCGAAUUUGGUUUUGCUGUUAGGUCUUUGUCAGAGUUGAUGCAAGAUGAAAGGGAGAGUGAUGGUGCUUUGGCUACCGUUUUAGAUGUCUUGAAGCGCAUACACGCGAUUUUCUUUGAUAUGGCUGUUGAAACUGAUGAUCUUUCCUCACGGGAUGUAAGACAGGUGAUCAAGGCAGUACGGAAGGAAAUACUGCAAGGUUGCAAAAUAGUCUUCAGUCGGGUGUUCCCAAACAAUACACGCCCACAGAAGCAGAUGGUCUGGAAGAUGGCUGAGUAUCUGGGUGCCGUUUGCUCUACAGAUGUGGAUUCCAGUGUCACCCAUGUUGUAACUGUGGAUCUAGGAACAGAGAAGGCCCGCUGGGGUGUUGCCAACAAGAAGUUCUUGGUCCACCCACGCUGGAUCGAAGCAGCAAAUUUCCGGUGGCAUAGGCAACCGGAGGAAGAUUUUCCUGUCACUGCCCCGAAGGAAAAGAGCAGAGGGAAAAAUAAUGCUGUGGCUGGCAAGAAGGAGACGAGCAAGGAUAAGGAGAAUGCUGCAGCUGGCCAGAAGGAAACGAGGAAGGACAAAGAAGAAAAUGAUGUGUCUAGUCAGAAGGAAACGAGGAACGUGGAAACAAAAGUAGCUGGUCAUGCCAACGAAAACGUUGUGGCCACAUCUACAACAGGUCCUGCUGACUCGUAAUCUAUGUUGGGCUCCAAAGGUAUCUGACACAUUAACACAUAGUGGUGCAGUUUUGGAAGGGUGGUGGAAAUUCAGAUUUUGUUAUCCCGUUCGUGCAGGCCCAGGACGUUACAUCUGUCCAUUGCAAAUUUUGCUGCUGACCUGAAGCUGACUGGUCCUCCGGCCAUAUAACUUACGCUACGAUGAAACUAUAGGAGUUUAAGCAUAUUGAUGUGUUAAUUAUAGGUGAAUUUAGCUUGUAAUACCUGCUCCUGUAUAUACUGCGCCCUGAUUGAACUACAGUGAACAUUCGUGAUGAUCGCUACGGAUUCUUUAGUUAAGGCCUUGUUUAGUUUGCGAAAAAAUUUUACUUUGGCUAUUGUAGUAUUUUAGUUUGUAUUUGACAGUUACUCUCUCCAUACCUGAAUUAGUUGACGUUUAAGACAU